AAUAUUCAUUCUUAAAACCUUUUCAAUCUCUCAGGAUUCCGUCAGAUACCUUUCUUUCUUUCUUUUCGAAUUUCUACUUCUUCUAUUUGCCCGAAUGGCUACUACAGUUAGCUGCAGGGCCAUUUUCUGCCAGUUGAAACCAGAGAAACUACCGAUUCAGAAGCUGAAAUCGGCUAAUUUAUCGUCGACUGACGAUGUAAAGAUAUUUUUACAGCCAAGAGUCUGUACUCUGAGGUCAUAUGGUUCAGAACGAGCUGGACUGAUCAGAACAGCAACACAACCGCGUAGAGUUGUCGUUGAUAACGGUGAUUACGCUGAAAUUGAUGAAUACGAUGGAGUAUCACCGUUUUUCUCGAGUUUAUCGGAGUAUAUCGAGAGUUCGAGGAAGAGUCGGGAUAUUGAAAUGAUCUUUGGGCGUGUCUCAAUGGUUGUUUUUGCUACAACAUUGACAGUAGAAUAUAUCACGGGGAACUCGCUAUUCCAAAAGAUGGACUUACAGGAGAUCACUGAAACAGCCGGGGCUUGUUUGGCUGCAGUAGUAUUUUCUGCUGCUUUUGCAUCUCUCAAGUGCCCGAACCAAGAUGUUCAGGUACUCUCAGUCAGGCCAGUGUCUAAUUCGGUAACUUUGGUAGGACAGAUGUACCACUACUACUUUUGCUACCAGUCAAGCUCCUCGGUACAAAAACUUUCAGGCACUGGAGCUUGGAACGAUUUUUUCUUACUCUAGAAACUAAACGAACUCAAAAUCUUGAAUCUUGGCGACUUUUUGUUGAAGUUGAGGACUAAGGAGGAAUGCAGUUGGCAUUGGCAGUGGAGAAUUUGGAGAUGGAGGAAUGCAGUUGCAGAUGCAGAUGGCAUCCCUUUGUCUUUUCUUUUGCAAAAACUUGGUUUUUUUCUUUUGAUAGAACAUGUGAUGAUCUGAACAUGUAAUUUGGUUUAGAACAUGAACAUCUGUAUGUUUUUUUUUCUGUGUGUCAUGGAUUUAGAACUUGUUUGCUUGGAUUUAGAACUAUUCUAUGUAAUUGGUUUGUGUUUUAAA